GCAGAGAAGAUCGACGCGCCGACAUGUAACGGACAUGGACAGAAGCUGCUAAACACCAAGUUAACAGAGAAAAGCGAACAGAGAGAUUAAAACGUGGAACAACUGAUCCACCAUUCAACAGUUUUCACAACUCAACUUUCUGGCAAAGAUCCACAGAUGUCGGAGAGGACGACAGAGAAACAGUGACGGCAGAGAAGAUGGCGGGUAAUGUUCAGGACCAUCAUCACCCGGGUCUACAAACAUGGGUGGUACAGAUAUGAGAUAUCGUCCAGCAUCAGAUCCGGCUGCCAGAUUUGCCUCAGCACUCGGUUCAUUCAGUGUCGAUGAAUCAGGCUGGAUUCUGGGGCCUCAGCCACCAGCUGUGCCAGAUCUGGACCAGAGCUGGGCCGACAGAAUCAGGCUCAGUGAGUCUCACCUGAACCUGAACAUCACUCAGUCAGAGUUCAGGCAGCAGAGCGUCCUCAGAACUCUGAAGCUCUAAAACACUGAAGAUUUUCACCUGGACAGUUUUAAACUAUAUCUGAGAGUAAAUGUAAAGAGCAGCAGCCUGUGGAUGUCUGCUUUAUCAGUAGGUUUAUCAGAGGACAGGAGAAGAAAAUACCAGCGGGACUCGUCCUGGUCUCAUCUGUCUGGAUGUUUAUGAGGACAGGAGGCUGAAUGUCCACCAGGCUGAGUCAAGUCUUUUUAUUUUGGGCUCAAUGGAGUUCAAGAUAUUUGAUUUUUUACAGUUUCCUUUUGAAGAAAGACAAAUAAAUGUCCUACAGAGGGACGAGUGACGCUAACAGACCUGGACAUCGUCUCUGAGGACGGGACAGACAGAAGUUUGUCUUUCAGGAUGGUUUCUAUCUUUGUUUAUGAAGUCAAACAGGAGUCUGUCAGACAUGAUUCAAAGAGUAAAAACAACUGGACAACUUCUCAUUUUGUUUCCGACUGAAGCUUCUCUUUAGACGACGUCUUCGUGCUGAUGUUGGACCGUCCUGAAUGUCUGAAGCUGAUCCAGGAUCAGAUUGGAAACAUCUGGAUUAACCUCUAAUCUCUGACCCAGGUUUGACACAUCCUAGAAGCAGAAGACCAAUGAGGUGAAUCUUCUCCAUCGUUUCCAUUCGAUCAUUCAUGUACAUGGUGUGGUUUGAUUAAAGCCACCAGAGAUGAAAAAAGGUCGUCUUUCAGCCGGAGAAUGGCGCUGAGCGAAGCAGGUCACAAAGCGGAUCAGUGAGGUGGACACAUCACACAUCGCUGACGGCAGGCAGACGUGAUGCUCGUGUGUCGCGCCCUGCUGCUCACCUGGGCGCUGCUCACCUGGGCGCUGCUCGCUGCCGCAGUCCGAAGCCAGAGCUGGAGACCCUGUACAGGUUUCACGGCGUUAACCAACACACUGAUCUGUUUCUCCUCAGACCUGCUGCCUCUGGACCUGCUGGCCAGAGCGCUGCCGGGCCCGGGACAAGCCCCGCCCACGCAGGUGCAGAUGGUUCAGUCCAAAGGGUCCAGAGGGCUCCGUUUGGCCGGCGCCAUGGUGGCAGCGCUGAGUUUCCCUUCCUCCCUGAUCUUCACCAACUGUGACUACUUCCCUGCUGAGUUCUCAUUGGUCGCCACCAUCAAGACACCGAGACUGAGACAGAAGAGGAAUGAGUACAUCUUCUCUGUGGUGGAGGAGGGCUCUGAUUCGCUGCUGCUUGGGCUACGCGUCUCAGAGAACCGCCUCCAUUUUGUUGCAAUGCCCCCCGAUGCUGGUGGGCGGAGUCGGCUGGUCUUUAAAGAUGUCGAACUGGAUGAUAACCGCUGGCACACGUUGGUUCUGGCUGUCACCGGACUGUACGCCACACUGACUGUCGACUGUGGACUGCCUCUGGAGCUUAAACAGAUCCAGCCCUUCCCCAGCACUCUGAGCACCAGAGGGUCCAGGUUCUUCAUCGGCAGCAGGAGGAGGAUGAGGGGACGCUUCUCUGGUUUACUGCGACAGCUCGUCCUGCUUCCUGGUUCAGAUGCAACGCCCAGACUGUGUCCGACCUCUGACCCCAGCCUGGCCGAGCUGUCCGUCCCCCAGGUCCUGAAGUCCACCCCUCUGCGGCCCGACCGCCACGGGCCAGUUUACCCGUACGAGGCAGAGGCCAGAGUGACUCUGGGAAAUCCUCCUCCAUGUUCAGGACCAGAACAGGGUCAGCUGUGGUUCAACGCUCAGAAGAAAGGUCUGUUCAUCUGUGACGGACUCGGCUGGAGCACACUGCUGCAGAAUAAGGAGCGUUUGGAUUACGUGGAGGACUACCAGGACCUGUACACCAGCUCAGAGACCUUUGACGUCGAGGUCUUCUCCAUCCCGUCUGAAGGCCUCUUCAUGGCUGCAGCCAACAGGGACUCUCGGCCCGGUUCUGGUAUCUACAAAUGGAAGGACGGGUCGUUCCAGCUGUACCAGAACAUCAGCACUCAGGAGGCUCGAGCCUGGAAACAUUUCACCAUCGACAACAAGAUUUUCCUGGUGGUGGCGAACUCCCGGGAGUCCGAGCCCGAGCUGUCAAUCAUCUAUAAGUGGAAUCAGCGGCGGCGGCGUUUCCUCCGUCACCAGAAUCUGGAGACUCACUCAGCUGUGGACUGGGAGGCCUUUCACAUCCACAACCACAGCUUCCUGGUGGUAGCCAAUCACAGACGAGCCAGAGACUCAAACCACAACAUCCACAGUGUGAUCUACAGGUGGGACCCAAACACCAAGCUGUUUGAGGUGAAUCAGACUCUGUCCACGUCCGGAGCGUACGACUGGGAGUUCUUCUCCGUCGGCCCGUACCACUUCCUGGUGGUCGCCAACACCUUCGACGGUCGGACCACCACCAUCAGCUCCACCGUCUAUGUCUGGUUGGACGGCUGCUUCCGGACCUUCCAGAGCAUCCCGACGGUGGGAGCGACGGACUGGGAGACAUUUCAGAUCGACGGCAGGUUCUUUCUUGCCGUCGCCAACAGUCAGAAGGUUUCAGACCGCGGCCCGAGUCUCUACACCAUCAACUCCACCGUGUACGAGCUCAACACCUUCACACAGACCUUCAUCCGCUUCCAAGACAUCCUCACACACAGCGCUGUGGACUGGGAGUUCUUCACCAUCGGAGAGGAGAAGUUCUUGGUUGUUGCAAACUCUCACGAUGGCAGCUCGUACUCUCUGAACAGUGUCGUCUACAGGUGGCAGGGUUACGAGGGCUUUGUUCCGGUUCAUAGCCUGCCGACGUUCGGCUGCAGAGACUGGGAACACUUCAACACUGAUGAAGGCUCCUUCCUCAUCUACUCCAGCGCCACCUCCAGACUCAGCAAGGUCUUCAAACUCAGGACCUACUGAAUCAAACUACAUCCGACAGCUCAAGCAUCAAACUCAGAACCUGAUGAAGAAUGCACAGCCUUCAACCAGCUCCUCAAUCUGCAAAACCACUUUCUUUUUCAGAACUGAGUCAAGUCUUCAGAGGUCCAGCUCAGAUUUUGCAUCGGCUUCGUCCUCUUCAGGGCUCAAACACAAAAACAGUUUAUAAAAGCGUCAGGUCAUGUUAAGCUCUCCUGAAAAGGUGCAAAGAGAAACUGCUUGAUGAGAGAAAAUGUUUUAUUAAAUGAGAGUGUCAUAAAUUAUCAUCAGCUACACAAAGAUCCAGCACAAAAUCUAGUGUGGUUCUUCACUCACAUUCAGGUUCUGCAGCCAAGUUCUGGUCUGUAUUUAUGGCUCAAGUGAAGUUUUGGAUUUGAAGUUUUUAUCAUGUUGUAAAAAGUGAACAUCUUCUCAUCUAAAGUUCCUGAAGACCGUUUCUGUUUGAAACGACGUGUUGACUGAAUCCAACGUAAGCUGCUGCUCAGCGAUGUGAAGAAGAAGAAGAAGAAGAAGAAGAAGAAGAAGAAGAAGAAGAAGAAGAAGAAGAAGAAGAAGUCACACUGAGUGAUAUUUGUGUCAUGUCUUCACAGUUUGCUGUAUCUCUCCUUUAUUUUCCGUCAUGACCAACAACUCCUUCAGGGCUCGACCACAUCAAAGCUAAAAAUAGAAACCAUAAUUUAAUUCUUUGUUGCACUUUUCUUUAAGGUGGUUUACAAGAAGUCACGUCAAGCAUCGCUGAUGAGUGCAGUGAAGAGGAAAACUUCACAAAACCCCAGUGGGCCGGCCAUCAUCGGCAUUAACACAAAGACCCAGUCCAGAAUCUGAGCAGGUGGUAAACAGACACUGAGCAGCAGGGUGGAGCUGGUCUCACUUUCAGCCCUGAAGUGUAACGAAGCAGAUUCACCAGACUCAGCAGCAAAAGGUCAGAACCUCUAAUGUGACACACUGAUCCGAUAAAGACCCUCCUCGUCAGUAUAGUCUAUGAGGAACGACCUUAUAGAUGAACUCUGCAGUCACAGCGCCUGAAACCAAAGAAACAAAUGUAUGAUUUCUAUCUGUGUCCCUUCUGUAGUCUCAGGAUCGUCUUCCUCCCGACUCUCAUUAUGACGCUGACUAUGAGUCUGUGGCCGCUUUAAAGAAACAUGUUGACAUUAGUGAAGCUUCAUUCACCAGAGAACAACACAGCACAGUCCAUAAUGUUCUUUAAAAUGACUUGUGCUGGAAGCUUGUGCCCACCUGAAGUGUGACUUGUUGGACAAGUUAGUAGAGUUUACAGUAACAUGCUGGUGCCAGCCCACAACGACCAGGUCCUGGUCCUGGUCCUGGUCCAGACACAUCCUGCUGCUGCUGCAGUUGUAACGAUGCUCAUAACUAAAGCUUGUUGUGUCGUGCUUCACUGUUAAAAAUCCCAAAGAGACGAUCUUCUGACAGCAGCUGUGAGCUGGUUUGUUUCAGAAUAUGGAAAAUGAACAUCAUAAUCAUGUUACAGAAGCUGGACAGAAAUGGACUUCUGCUAGCUCGCUAUGUUAGUAGCUUAUGUAUGUAGCUUACUCAUGACGGAACAGAAAAUCUGAAAACAAACCAUGUGCUAGUUAGCGAGUUAGCUAGCCCAGGUGCUAACUGAACGGUAAGUUCAGAGACGUGUUUGUUCUCUCAGCGGCCGACUGACAAGCAGUUUGAACUUUGACAGCUUCAGUGAAACUGGAUGUUGACGCAGCCGUCAGCUACAGCCGCUUCCUCCAUUUUGUGUCCUCGGCUGUCGGUCCACUCAGAGCUCAGAUCUGUCAGGACGCUUUGUUCUGAAUCAGAUCACUGAUUCCUCAGAAAUGAGCUGAUUUGUGUCCAAUUUUUUUUUUUUUAAACCGUCUGCAAAGCAGAAGUGACUGAAUUAUUAACACUGUUUUUCUUUAAGAAUUAUUUAACUUUAGAUCUUUAUAAAUAUAAGUAACUGAUAAGCUAUGAUGACAAUCAGACCUGCUGUAGAAAAUAUUAAUUAAAGGGUUUUUAUUUGUCCUCCGACUGCUUCUGGCUGAAACUGAACAUUAUUGAUUUGUUAUGAAAACAUAACGUGUCUGUUCUUAAUGUUCAUAUUGUUCCACCACUGCAGACAAUAAUGGACCAUCAGGUGUCUUUCAAAGUAUAUCUGUAUAAUUUAUUAUAUUUGUGUUGUGUUUCUAUAUAAAUGGUAGGCUGCAGUGCAGAAGAUGUGUUUUGGAUAAUGAUAUAUCAUUUUGAUUCUUAUUAGUUAUCUGAAGAAAAACAUAUUUCAGAGAGUGGUUGUCUACUGUUUGUA